AUGCAGCAGCAGGAGCAACUUGUUGGUGGCCAGUACCGUGUGAUCAGGCUUCUUGGGAGCGGUACGUUUGGGGACGCCUUCCUUGUGGAGAAUUCUAAAGACGGUUCUCAGUACGUACUUAAACGUUCUAAGAACAUAGCAGAUAAUGACCUGGUUCUUGCUGAAGCAAGAAAUAUGUUACUAACAACAAGUGACCAUGUGGUACGGUGUUUUCGUGCUUGGGUUGAGCCGGUGGAGAAAAGAUGUUAUAUAAUACUGGAGUACUGUAACGGCGGUGACUUGGAAGACUACCUUUCUCGUGCCUUUCCCUUUACAGAAAAUCAACUGAUUUCCAUGUUUGCGCAGUUGCUCUUGGGGCUGGACCACAUUCAUCUGAAACAUCUUAUUCAUCGUGAUAUCAAAUUACAGAAUUUGUUGCUACAGAGUACAACGGGUAUUGUAAAGAUUGGUGAUUUCGGUCUCAGUAAAGCACUUUGUUUUACUGAUGAAAUUUCCGUGACACGCUUGGGUACACCGCAGUACUUGUCGCCAGAGGUGGUAACUGGUUUGCAGUACACUAGGAAGACCGAUGUGUGGAGUAUGGGAGUGGCUUUUUAUAGACUUAUGACAAACAAACUGCCGUUUCCUGCGAGUAGCGUGGAGGAGAUCUACGAAAACCUUGGUAAGAAACAAGCUAUACAUCCAUGUCGGGUGGUAGAAGGCUAUUCUGAAUCCCUUGGGGAUCUAGUAAUGAAAAUGCUAACUAAAAGUCGUACGAAACGACCAAAUGUCAGAGAUUUGCUUGCACUACCACUCUUUACCCCUGUACUUUGUGCGUGGCCAUGGCAGUCCCCACGUCUUAAAGGGACCAAAUGUCUUUUCGUUUGUCGACCCCAGACCAGCGUCAAUGUGCGGUCUCAGCCAUCUUUAAAGGCUGAGCGUAUUGGUGAGUUUUCUUAUGGAGAUCAGGUCUUUGUGAGCAGUGAUUCUCUCGAUAACGAUGGAGUGAUGUGGUACCGCGUUCUAUAUCCAUUGAAUGGCUACUGUAUCAAGGCUACUGACCAUGGUAGACAUCUUUUUCAAAGGGUCGAUGACCCAACACGAUGCUCUCCUAUUACCUCACCAAGGUAG